AUGCUCUCCGGCGUCCCUGGCACAGCUGGGUACCUGGACGACAUCAUCAUCGUGGGUCACUCCCCUGCCGAGCUGCAAGACCGAGUGUGUGCAGUACUCGAACGCGUGCAGGAAUAUGGCUUUCGCCUACGGGCCGACAAGUGCCAAUUCUUCCUCGACUCCAGCAAGUUCCUUGGAUUCGUUUUUGACGUCACUGGUCGCCAUCCAGAUCCUGAAAACAUUCGGGCCAUCCAACGGAUGCCUGCCCCCAAGAAUGUAUCGCAACUUCGUUCGUUUCUUGGCCAGAUCAGCUACUAUAGCGCCUUCCUACUAUCGCUGCAUGACGUACGGGCCCCGCUCAACCGUCUGUUGCAGAAGGAUGCUCCCUGUGAUGGUCCCCCGACUGUGAAAAGGCCUUCGCCCAGCCAAAUUCGAUGCUGAGUUUAGAUCUGCUGCUCACGCACUACGACCCGACGCUGCCGAUCGUUGUUGCUGCAGAUGCUUCCAAACACGAAGUUGGUGCCGUCAAUUCACAUACUUUUCCUGAUGGGUCUGAAAAGGCGAUUAUGCAUGCAUCUCGCACGCUAAACCCUGCGGAGAAGACCUACGGGCAAAUAGAGAAAGAGGCUCUAGCCCUCGUGUUUGCCGUCAAGAAAUUUCACAAACUGUUGUACGGUCGCCACUUCACGUUGUUGACGUAUCACAAACCAUUGCUGUCAAUCUUCGGUUCGAAGAAAGACAUUCCCGUCUACUCAGCCAGCCGACUUUAGCGAUGGGCAGCCAUCCUUCUUGGCUACGAUUUCGACAUUCGCUACUAUCGUACUACAGACUUUGGUCAGGCUGACGCCCUUUCUCGCCUCAUCAGCAAUCAGCAGGAACCGGAGGAAGAUACCGUGAUUGCCGCUAUUUCGAUUGAGGACGGUGUGCGCCGUCAGCUAUCAGACGCCAUACGAGGUAUCCCUGUCACUGCCGCGGACAUCCGACGUGCUACUGAACAGGAUCCUGUCCUCCGCCAGGCCAUCACCUACGUGCAGACCUGCUGGCCAACCACUGCUCUCGCUGGCGAUCUUCGCCAGCUCUUCCUCCGCCGAGCGUUGCUAUCUGUGGUUGGCUCCUGCCUCAUGUUUGCGGACCGUGUGGUGAUCCUAUCUUCCCUCCGACCCACUGUUCUACGCCAAUUCCAUGCCGCUCAUCCUGGUACCAGCCGAAUGAAGUCUAUUGCUCGCAGUUUUGCCUACUAG